AUGUUUGCUCUCCGAGUCGCUCGCAAAUCUGUGCGAAGUUACACCUUCCUCGUGAUCUUUGGAUGUACCCUCAUCGCUUUCACCCUAGCCCCGAUAUCCAUCACUAAAUCAAUUGGCACACCACUUAAUACUAACUUUUCGGCGUACCUGCCUCUAUCAUAUCAAGCGCAUUGGCAUGCACCAAUUGUAGAUUAUCCUGCAGAUCCCCCACGGUCACCUCAUCUCGAAUCCGACUCCUGGAGUUUAGAGUCUGAUUCCCUCUACCCAGAACCUCUACUACGCCCCAUACCACGCCCUGCCCAUACUUUCCGCCCAGACGGUUUACUAGAAGUGAACCCAGACGGUCGACAUCCCAUCCUCGACCUUAUCGCACGUGCCGAACAAGAGUGGGACGCCAAGCUCGCUCAUGUCAGUCAAACACUACCCGAGGCAGUCCAUGAGUACCGUCGCAGAUACGCGAGGGCUCCUCCGCCAGGUUUUGAUAAAUGGUGGGCCUACGUCAAAAAACACAACGUCCAGCUACCAGAUGAAUAUGACCAGAUCCACCUCGAUCUCGCACCAUUCUGGGGUAUAGACCCCGUGCCCUUGGAGGCGAUCCAACGCGAUUGGGAGGCACACGUCCACUCAUACACCCUCGCUAAAUCUAGUCCGCUUGGGCCCUUGCACGUCGGAAAUGAGACACUGCCUGAAGACGAGGCUGCAAGGGAUCGUUUACUUAUCGGCGCCAACCAGCUGAUCGAUCUCUUGGUUGAGGUCGAAGAUGAUCUGCCCACAUUUAGGGCGGUGUUCAGCCCUCAUGAUAACCCUAACGUGUUUAUCACACACGAUAUGAGAAGAAGAGCCGUAGAGGCGGGUGAAAGGGGCGAAUAUAUCGAUCCUCUUAAUGAAGAUCCAGCACCAUUCACCAACGGCUGGAUCCAUGCAUGUCCCUUGGACUCCGUCGCACGAAACCCACUCCGGUCCCCAUCCACCACCCAAAAAGCAAAAACCUUCAUCUACGACCACCUCCAAGCAAUGGACCCCUGCGCACAUCCCUCCCACCUUUCCCAACAUGGUCAAUUCCUCGCUCACGGCACAGGACCCUCCGCCAACCCCUUCCCUGUCCCGCAAUUCAGUUACUGCUCCAGUCCUCUACACGCUGAUAUCCGAGUACCCGUACCUUUAUCAUGGGUGGAUGACGUCGAAGGCGAAAGAGAUGAAGAAGGUGCGUGGGAGAAAAAGGAAGAUGAGCGGCUUCUUUGGAGGGGGCUUAAUACGGGCAUUCAUCAUGCGAGCGAUAGACCUUGGAGGGAUUCGCAGAAGGAUCGGUUGGUGGAAAUUGCGCAGAGGACAGAUGGGAGCGUUGAGGUGUUGGUCAUGGACGAUCAUGGGGAUGGGGAGGGGAUGGAGGUGGAAGAAAUGAAGAAGGCGAGGAUGAACCCUGCGAUGCUCGAUAUUGCGUUUGCGGGGAGUCCUAGUCAGUGUGAGCCUGAAACAUGUAGGGAGUUGGAGGAGGGGUUUGAGUGGAGGAGGAGGAUGAGCGUUAGGGAUGCGGGGAGAUAUAAGUAUGUGCUUGAUAUGGAUGGCAAUGGGUGGUCGAGUCGGUUUAAACGGCUUAUCACGACCAACUCGCUCGUGUUCAAGUCUACGGUAUAUCCUGAAUGGUUCACAGACCGUCUCUCCCCUUGGGUUCACUACAUCCCCAUCCAAAUCGACUACUCCGACCUCUACGACGCCCUCCUCUUCUUCCGCGGUGACCCCUCAGGCCGAGGAGCUCAUGCAGACCUUGGAGCGAAGAUUGCGAGGAGCGGGAGGGAGUGGAGUAGGGCGUUUUGGAGGAAGGAGGAUAUGACUGCUUAUUUGUUUAGGUUAUUCCUCGAGUAUGCAAGAGUUAUGAGCGAGGAUAGAGACUCGCUUAAUUUCGAGUUGUAA